UAUAACCAUUUAAUUUGAUCAAAAAAAAUUCAAUCCGUGCUGGUUGCCUAGCAGGGCUACUACUGAAAAAUUAUUAAGAACUUUCUUUUAUUUUAUUUUAUAACAACCGAAUUCUACUGACCAAGUUUUGAGUAAGUUUUCGGUUUGACACAAUUCCGUUUCAUCGAAGAAGCAACGCAACUGGCUAUACCUGUGGCUAUUGUAUUCAGUUUUCUAAUAUACAACGAGCAAGUAGUGAAAGCAGAAAUAGCAGACAAGUGUCGUUCGCCAAAGAAGAAAUUUAGCAAGUAGUCAGUGCGAAUGCAACAGCGGUACGGCCUGUGAGUGCAAUUUCUUGAGGUGCGUUUAUGAUCCUUCGAGCCUCCUCUUUAAUUUCGGUACUACUCGAGGUUUAGGACUAGGAUUAAGUCAAUAGGUUAAGAUGACGUCGAUAAUGCACUUAGUUGUAGAAAAUUAUAGUGAAUUUGCACAAUCGAGAGAUCCCAUGGUAGACUCAUGGCUAUUUAUGAAAUCUCCUGUACCUGUAGUGGCGAUACUCCUAACCUACCUCAUCUUCGUACUGAAAAUAGGACCAAAUAUUAUGAAACACAGGAAACCACUUCACCUCAAAUUACUUAUGAUAGUUUACAAUGCUUAUCAAGUACUAUUUAGUCUGUGGUUAUGUUCGCAAGCCUUAUAUGUUCAGAAACCUAUACAACUGCUUACUCGGAGUUGUAACAAUCCGUCAAACAACAGGGAGCUACAAGAAAUAGUAUACAAUUCAGCUUGGUGGUACUUCUUCUCAAAAAUAGUUGAACUAUUGGACACUGUGUUCUUCGUACUUAGGAAAAAGCAGUCGCAAGUUACAUUUUUACACGUGUAUCAUCAUGCGAUAACAAUGUUCUUUUCAUGGGGAUAUUUGAAAUUUUUACCUGGGGAACAAGGUCUAGUUAUUGGAUUUCUAAAUUCACUAGUCCACGUUGUGAUGUACUUUUACUAUUUCUUGUCAGCUUUGGGUCCAAAAUACCAGAAGUACUUGUGGUGGAAGAAAUACAUGACCUGGAUUCAACUGACCCAAUUUUGCAUCAUGUUGGCCUACCUAGUCUUCAUAAUCGCCAUAGACUGCAAGCUCCCCAAAGCUUUGACAUUCUUCUUCGUCGGUAAUGUAGUAAUCUUCCUGUACCUCUUCAGUGACUUCUACAGGAAAGCCUACAACUCCAAAAAUGCGAAAGGCGUUACUGCUGUUGAACCACUCGGGACAAAAACGAACGGUCAUGCGAUUACCACGACGAAUAAAGUGAAAGCUCAUUAGAUUUAAUAAAUUUUAUAUUUAUUUCUUGUUUUGUUAUGUAUCUAAUAAUUAUACACGGUGGUCCAAGUGUACGGAAUGUCUUCGAUAGUGAGUUGGUUAAUUUUUUCUUCACUGUUCACUGAUGAUGUUUAAGUGUCCAUAUCUUGUUUAAUAAAACUGAUUCAUUUACAUUUCAUAAGAAUUUCUAUGAUGUGUAGUACACAAUCUUCAUUUCCUAUGCGUGUAUAUUCGAUUCGAAAAUGAUUUUAAACUAAAUCUAAUAAUGAUAUACUUUAAAGGUAUUACAAAAUCAUAUUUAAGUUUUUAUUAUUUUUUAUUUAAAAAAAAAUUUAUUAAUUGAAAUUCAGUUUACAGUAUAUUAGAAUAUGAAUAACUAAGACCAGAUAGAAAAAUUUGUUUAAUUUAUUUAUCACCAGUGAUUUUUAAGAUAUUCUGAAAAAUACAUGGACCAUUCUGUAUUUGAUAAUAUUUGUACAGGGUUAGUCUCAAAGAGAUGAAUGCUAUCAGAUAUUUAUUGUUAAAAUAAUAGAAUAUUUUUUAAAUAUCUUAAUUAUACAUACUACGUAUUUUGUGAUGCCUGGUGAUCACAAAUUGUGGUCACCACAGAACUAUAUCAAAAAUAAAUAAAUUGUAGAAAAUAGUUUCUUUUUGUGGAAAGGAGGUUAACCACUUUUUGUUUACUUAAUAUUUAUUUAUAAAUCAAAAGUAAUUUUAAUUAAAUAUAGCUUGCUAUCAAUAUUUCUUUCUGAAAUAUUGAAAUAUUUGUAGAUUUUUUCAAUAUUGUAUUUAUAAAAUUAUUUUGAUUAAAAAUAACUGAUGCAUAUUAUAUAAAGGCCAUUAAAUUGUAAAAUAAACUUUUUCACUUUUGGGUAAGUCAGUUUUCUUCCCCUUUUGCAGUAUUUUUCUACAAUAUUCCUUUAGUAGAUAUUAUAUUAUUUAUAUCCAUGAAAAAGUUUUAUAUGAGUGUUAUGGACUUUUUUGAAUAUUUUUAUUGUAUUUGUUAAAUUGUUUACUAAUAGGCAAAUGUUUUUAAAUUCAUAAUGUAAUUUUAUUUGGAAAAGUUACCCGACUGUUAUAUUACUAAAAAAUAUUUGUUAUUAGCAAAAAGUGAAUACGGAACAGAACAAUAUUGAAACUACACAUACUUGAAAUAUUAUUUAACAGCAGUUUUACCAAAAUUAUUUGUAGUUUUCAAUUUUCUUAUUCCCUACACUUUUUGCUGUUUAUUGGUCGGAUUGGUGAGAUUGGCCAGACAUUCUUCUGAUCAAAUAUCCCGUUUAUCGUUGUUACUUAACACCUUAAGAGCCACGCGGUGUAAUGCGCGUGCCACACCCAAUUUAAAUCUUCGGGCCACGCUGCACAUGUGUUGUUUCCGAGUAUAGCAGUAGGAAUAUUCAUAAAAAAAAGUUGGUCAAUGGGACCAGAAAUUCUGAUUGCAUGGUGGCCCUUAACGUGUUAAUAAUCAAUAUGUUCAUUCCAAUAUAUGUUUUAUAUAUUUUUGGAAUGAGUGCUGUGUGCAUUUGAUUGGCAAAUAGAAAUAAAUGAAUUAUAAAUAGUU